AAUAAUCAAUUUCAUGAUCAUUAAGGAUUCUCCAGGUAUAAAGUGAAUCAAUAGUGGCCAAAGGCUUCUGCUGAGUGACCUCCUGAAGGAGAAAGCUUGAUUUGAUAGACAAAUGUUCAUGGAAAGCUGAAAGACUGUGCAUCUGCUCCCCAAUCUUGAUGACUUGUUUACAUGCCAUCAAUGCAAAUGAUCUUUAAACAACAAAUCUGUAACAUCCUGUUCUGUAACAACUCCCACUCCACUUCCCCACCUCAACUAACACAAACACACCCUUUCCAUCCAAACCAAGUCUUUCUGACAGAUGUGGUCAUUGUAAAUCUGGUGUGUAUCUGAUCUCAAUGGAGUACAGUCAUCUUCCUGAUUCCUAAUAACAACAAAGUCAACAGGUUAAUCAUCUGCAUAAUACUAAGAUUCUUUCACUUCCAGAAGAACAAUGUGUCCCAGGCUUCUUAUAUUUCUAAUUGGAGCUGUGUACAUCUACCAUCAGGCCCUUGCACAAGAGGAUAUCUACUUUGCCGAACUGAUGGUAGAGAGUAAUAUCACUCUGGACGCCCAGACCAUCCUGUCAAUUCUAAAUGCAACAACUGAUCUCCAAGUGACCGAUAGCCAAGGAGUCACCUACACAGUGACACUGUUACAGAAUGAACUGGUAGCAGAGUGCCUGAUUAUCGGAAUCGACACUACCUGCAACUGCUCUACUGGCUACACAUGGAGCAACGAUGUGUGCUACAAUUACAGUUGUUGUAAUGAUAGUUCUUGCACAGCAAAUGUGUCCUACAUAACACCACUCUGCGUUCCCAAAGUCAAUGUGCUAAUCAGUGGAUCAGUUAUGCUGAGUGCAGGCACCUGGGGUACAUCUCAGACAGCCCUGCUUCAAGCUGCCUUCCAAGUACUGAAUGCUUUUCAAUACCUAAACGUUACUGGCCAGAGGCAGGGUAAUAGCAUUGCUGAUUUUGAGGCCUCUGUCAACGCCAUAUUUGAAACAUCUUUCCUUCAAGGAAUAGUGACUUCCCUAGAAAACAGUUUGACAGCUGUAAUUUGGGUCAACACCUUAGGAAUGGUCAACAUACUCUACCCAAACAGUACUGUGUGCUACCUGUCCAGCCCAAUAUUGCAGUGCACCUUCGAAGAGGCAACAGGCAGUGCUGGCUGGAACUUGACCAGGCAGGACCAGCGCUUUGAACUCAGCAAUGGCAGCGUGGUCCUCCUUGACUCCCUCUGUGCCACACCUUACUACAAGUCCUGUAUAGCAAUAAAGCUUCAGCUGGUGACAGGCGCCUGGGAAGGUAUAUAUGAAUGUGGAUUCACCACUGGGUCAGUGAGACACACGGCCAGGGCACAACUGAAUGUGGCACUCCUCCCUGAUACCAUCACCAUGCUGCCAAGUCCUCUGAUUGGGGACUGUUCCACUAAGUUGGCCACUGACAGUGCUGGCAUUGACUUCUUUACCAUUAUCCCAAACAGCACAGAGACCUAUAAGGUCUGGUGGAGCUACAGGGGUGUAACGCAGAGCAUUCUAUAUAACACAUCUGUUGCAGACACCCUGGUCUAUACUUUCACAGCACAGCCCAGCUGUCAGACAACACUUGAUCCACAGUAUGUUAAUGUGACUUUUGAAAAUCCCAAGGGGCAACAAAAAACCGCAAGAGCCGAUAUCCCAGUCAUUUAUGCUGGAAGCAUAAUUUGUACUGAGAAUGGGACAGAUGUCUUUUGGCCAAAUACACCAGCUGGAUCCACAGUGAUUAAUCGAACAUGCGCAGAGGGCAGAGUGGGCUACAUGUCACGUACAUGUAUUGGCCCUACAUGGCAGCCAGUCUAUGACUACUGCAUCAACCAGCAGCUGAACGCUAUUUUAAAUAAAGCAAAUAACUUUCUGAUGGGACUGGGGGCCACCCAGGAGAUGGCUAUGAAUAUAUUUGCGGAACUUAGUAACAACACCUCCUAUGAGUCCACUGACAACAUCGCAGACAUUACUGCAUCGAUUACCGUUUUAAAUACUAUGGCCAUGGCAUCAUCCAAUUUUGUGUUGCAAGAGAAUGUAUUUCCAUCAUUCAUAGAGGCAGCAAGCAAUUUGUUAAACAAGACCUGGGCAGCAGUCAACGAAACUACUCUUUAUUCCAUGUCAUCAACGUACCUCGAGGCUGUGGAGGUUUUGGUGGAGCGUAUCAAUGUCAACAACAGCCAAGGAUUCUACAGUGCAAACAUCGAACUUGACUUCUGCUUCACUAUUGAAUGUAAUGUGACUGUGUUUGGCAUUGAUGUGAGCAUGACCAAGGCCAACGGGAUACUGAAAACUGCUGCUAUUAAAAAUCUAAUGGAUAAAUUAAGAAAUGGCUACACAAACAUGAACCCAACCAGCCUCCUGUUAUCAGCCACACUGCAGGACAACAAUGAUUCAUCUUUGGAAAUUUCAAUGAACUUCCCCAUUGACCCAAUGAACAAAACAACACCUUUCUGCGUCUUCUGGAACUUCACAAAACAGGACUGGUCAAAUGUAGGAUGCACCUCCUACACUAGUGAUGACAAUCAUACGCUGUGUGAGUGCAACCAUCUCACUUCAUUCUCAGUCCUCAUGUCCAAGGGGGAGAUCCCUGUAUAUGGUCCCGCUCUAGACAUGAUCACCAACGUGGGCCUGGCUGUGUCCAUCUUAUCCCUGCUGAUCUUCCUCACUGUUGAGUGUCUCGUCUGGUCGGCCGUAGUCAAGAGCAACCUUUCGCAUUUCCGUCACACAGCUAUGGUGAACAUCGCCACGUUCCUCCUACUUGCUGACAUUAGUUUCCUGGCUUCCACGUCACCCAGCAGCAUCUCUGAGAGCUCGUGUCUCCUUUUUACCAUAUGCAAACACCUGUUUUAUUUGGCCAUGUUUUGCUGGAUGCUGUGUCUGAGCGUCAUGCUCGUCCACCAGCUCAUCUUUGUCUUCAGCCCGCUGAGGAAAAGAGUUUUCAUGUUCAUUUCCAGCAUUGUGGGCUACGCUCUCCCAAUCCUAAUAGUGGGAUCCAGCUAUGUGUACUACAAGUACACCAAUACCGCCUACUAUAAUAGGCAAACAUGCUGGCUAAUUUAUGUGAGACUCCUGGUGGGCUCGAUGCAUGCUUUUCUCCUACCUGUGGCGGCAAUUCUUUUCACAAAUCUCUUCUGUAUGAUCGUCGUCAUUGUUACACUGGUGAAGUCGUCAGUCCCGGAUGCCAGCAAAGCAGAUGACAAAGAAACUGCCAAAAGCAUCAUGAAGGUGGUGAUCAUUUUAACACCAGUCUUCGGUGUGACAUGGAUCUUUGGCUACUUUCAGCUCAUAUUGAAUCAAGACAACCCCUUGUAUGCUCCUAUUUGCUUCAGUUUCACUAUCUUCAAUUGCUUCCAGGGCCUUUUUAUUUUGAUAACAGGAUGCUUUGCAGAGCAGAAGGUCCGAGAAGAGCUGUUGAAGAAGAUAAUGGUUAAAUUCAAAGGACAUAGUGACAGCACAAAGAAUUUGACUACAACCACAUACACAAAAGACAAAUGAAAUCCAAGGUUAUGGAGGUGGAAAUUCAAAUGUCAUGCAUGCAGCAUUGAGCCUACAGGAGAAGAGGUCUCAAAGUUUGUUUUAAUAUAGACUGUAGACACAUGCAAAU